AUGAAAAAAAGAACUCUUUAAGAACUCUCUCAAGAAUAAGAAUAACUUAAUUCAUCCUAUAAUGAUAUUAAUUCUCUUUAAAAAUAAUUGUAUCUUUCAAACUAAUAGAGACUAUAAGAGUUAAAUCAAAAAGAAGAGCUAAAAUAAUUAUAUAAUAAUGAAGUCAAAAAAGUUGAAGAAGAAAUCAAUCUUUGUUUUCCAGUUGGAAAAUUUUGUUUAAAUUAAUUAUCAUAAUAUCCUAAAGAAGAAAAAUAACCACAUACUUUAUCAUUCAUUAAUAUACUCUAAGAAAAUGCUUAUUAUGAUGGUAAAAAAAUCAACUUAAUAAUGUAGUACAAAAAUAAAAACCUAAAAUCACAUUAGAGGCAGCAUUAAUGACUUGUUAUGGUUUUGAAGAUCAUUUACUUAAACCUUUAGUUUAAUCUGGAGUAAAACUAUUUAUUAUAAAUGAUAAUGAUAAUAAUGAUAAAAAAUUAGAAAUUAUUGAGAAUUUCAAUGGUCAUUCAAAUUGGAUGGUCAUUAAACCAUCAAAAUUGAGUUCAUUAACAUUUGGAGGAUCAUUUCAUCCUAAAAUUUGGAUAUUAAAAUUCCCAAAAUUUAUUAGAAUAGUUAUAGGAAGCUAAAAUUUACAUGUAGGUGAUUGGACUGUUUGGUCAUAAGCUAUGUGGAUUUAAGAUUUUAAAAUUGGGAAUAGUGAAUUAGAUGAAAUAUCAAAAGAUUUUAAAGUAGGUCUUAAAGAAUUCUUAGAUCAUAUUCUUCCAAACUCUCAUAAAUUUGAAGACUUACUUAAAAUUAAAUUUAAUGAUUACGAUUUUCAAAAUAUUAAUAUAAGGAUGAUUGCAUCUAUUCCUGGAAGAUUUACAGAAAAUUAAUUAUAUUAAUAUGGUGUCAUGAGAAUAUAAUCUGUUCUCAAUUAAGAACUAAUAAAUAAUAAAUUUGAAAUUCCUAAAUAAAUUAGUAUUACUUAUUAAACUACAAGUAUAGGAUAAUUGGAUAAUAAUUACAUAGAAUUUUUUUAAUAAUGUUGCUCUGGAUAGUAAAUUAAAUAACCAUAAAAAUUAUAAUCAAAAAAUAAAUCUAUUAGUUAAAUGCUUAUUAAUAAACAAGAAGAUGAAAAAUCUACUUUGAAAUUAAUAUAUCCAACUUCAGAUUAUAUAUAAAACUAAACUAAAGCAGGUCCAGAAUAUGCAAAUCCUUUAUUUCUUAGAAAGUAAUAAUUUGAAAAUCCAAAAUUUCCAAAAAACAUUUUUUAUAAAUAUCAAGGCUCUAAUUAUUAUUUUUGGCAUGCUGGUAAUAUUCCUCAUUUAAAAGUGAUAAUAAUAACUAGUUUAGAUGAAAAAAUAGAUGAUAAAACAUCAAUAUAUAUUGGUAGCCAUAAUUUUAGUUAAGCUGCUUGGGGAAAAUUAGAAAAGAAUGCUACCUAACUUUUUAUAUCCAAUACAGAAUUAGGUGUUUUAUACCCUCCUAAAAAAGAUUCAGCUAAAUUUAAAUAAUAAAUUAUUGAACAACUAUCAUUUAAAUUUCCUCCUGAUAAAUAUGAAAAAACAGAUUAACCUUGGAUAAGUGAAGUUUACUAUGAAUAAUUAAUAUGA